ACAGAUUCGAGGAUGCGCAAAGUAAACAGGGGGUAUAGGCCGUCACAGUACAGUGCUCAGACAAUAACAAAGACGCCAAAUGUUCAUAAGAGCAACACAAAAGAGUAAAGAGAUUGUAGGCUACAUUACGAUUAUGUGACUUUCAGACGCGGUUCUGUUUUACAGCAGGGCACUAGAACAGACCUUAUCAUGCGACACACGUGGGCCCAAUUGUUUUUAUCUGUAUUGUUUGUCCUGAAGGACCGAACAGUUAUUUUGGCGAACGACUUGACUAUCACCGGCGGGACGAUGAGUGACAGAUGGAGUUCCAUAAAGCCACUGACUCCUGGACAUCAGCAGUCUACUUCUGAACCAGGGUCAGCGUUCACGCUGAAGGUCCGAGUCGUGGACACAGUGAACCGACAGCCUCUGAGCCAAGCGUCUGUAGAGCUGUACGUGAACCACACCAGGACCAGCUCUGCCCUCACUGAGGAUGGGGAGGCUGUGUUGGUGGUGCCCUACCAGCCUGGACUGCCUCUGAGCCUGGGGGCCAGCAUGGACGGCUACCUUCUCACCACACUGCCCUGGAACACCAGCAGGAAGCCCAUGUUUUCGUCGGUGACCCUGUCGCUGUUCCCCCUUAACCAAGGCAACAUCUGGCUCUUUGAAGAUUCAGUUCUAAUAACAUCUGGUGUUGCUCUGCAGCCCAGUGUUCAGAUCCCAAGACAUCUGCUCCCUGUGAGGGAAGCUGAUCUGCCUGCCAUCAGAGCCUGGCUCACCAGAGCCUCCCUCAGCAGCCCCCCGCUGGGCCCCGGCAGUCACAGCUACCCCCACACCAUGGGCCUGAUCACCAGCACCACAGGUUCCAGCAGCGUGGAGCUCAGUCCACUAGCAGCCGUCAGCGUGCAGCUGUUCUCCCUGGAGAGAGAAAUCCACGUGUCUGGGCCUGUACAGAUCCGCCUGCCCCUGCCUGAGACCUCCGGACUGAGGCCCUCUGAUGCUGUCCCAGCCUGGCUCUAUAACCAUAGCACUGGUGCCUGGGGUCCUCAAGGAGAGGGGCUGGUGAGCCGGCAGCAGAGCGGCCUGGUCUGGACCUUCACUGCUCCUCACCUGGGAUACUGGAUUGCAGCACUGAUGCCAACAAACCAGGGUGGUGGUGGGCUGGCCGUCUCUAUUGACCUGCUCUCACAGCACACACGUGUCCUGGCGGCCGCUGUGGGCGGAGCUCUGCUGCUCCUCCCCCUGCUCUCAGCUCUGCUGUGGUGUUGCCAUAGAGCUUCCCUUCAUCCCAAGGCAAAGAGAACACGUUCCAGAAACUCUGCAGUGUCUAAGAUGGACCAGACCACCUCGACCUGUGAUAUUGAACUUAACGAGGUGUCCUCUCCAGACUCCCCUCUCUGUGGAGGUGCAGCAGAGCAGCUGGCUGCAGGGGGGAGGCUAGGUGAGCCAGAGGGCUCCGCCUCCUCCAGGGGCAACUUUGAUACCUACGUGCAGAACCACCCCCACAGCAGUGAACUCCUGAGCUUGCACAACAUGUGCGACCAGACAGGCACCCCCCUCUCUGGUUAUGAGGGCAUACACCUCCAGGAGAGGGUGGUCCGUCUCUGGAACCAGCCAGUGGCCAUUCUCCACACGCCCGGCUUGUUUCACCUGCAAGAACAGCAACCGCAAAGCAAGUCAGCCACUCUGCCACGCCCAGGACGUGAGGACGGCUUCCCCCCGACCCUGCUGCAGAACCCCCUGCUCCAGGGGGCAGCCCUGCUCCAGGGGGCAGGCAGCGAGGGGCCUCUAGGAGCCCCGGAGGAGCCCUGGGGUCCCUCCUCGCCUGGCCCCCCCUGGGGACUCUACAGCUGCCUCCCAGAGUCAGCCUCCCUCCCUGGCACGCUGAACAGCACGAGGGCCAGCGCUGACCCGGCCCUGCCCCUCUCCCUGGAGGCCCCGGGGGCCCUGGCACAGCUGCCCGACCCCUCCAGCGCCCGUCCCCCGUCCCCCCGGGCCUGGUUCGUGUCCCUGGAGGGCAAACCGGCGGCUGAGAUCCAUCACUCCACCUCAGACUCUCAGAGGAGACGAAGGCCGGCCGACAGUCGCGACACCAGCCUGGACUCUGGGGUGGACAUGAGCGAGCCCAACCAGCCAACCAAUAGGAAUCCGGUACAGCCGGAGCGUGAUAGGACGUUGGUCCGGAACCCCCAGAUAGGAGCAUCUGCUAAAUGAACAUGUUACAGGUUGGAGUUCACUGAGCAGGCGAUAGGAGACAAACUGCUGAGACAGCACUUCUGGAUCUCACAAAGUGUCUGAAGCACCAUAGGUUUAUUUUUCAAACCCAGAGUCCUGAAGGAGAGGGACAGAACGUUUUACAAGGAAUGUGCACAAACAGGAAAUGAUUGUACAUGCCACGUAUCUGCAUUACUGUAACAUAACAGUCCUUCAGCUGGUAAUCUGAACUACGAGGAGGAUGAAACUGAAAUAAAUCUGCUUUGCCUGCUCAGGACACGCCUCCAACAUAGCACACGUCAUGCUACUUGUUAGUUCAUGUCAUGCUACUUGUUACUUCAUGUUUUAAGAACAAAGUCCAUGUGUAGCUGUUCAAGGCUGGAGUGAGCACAUUAUUUCCACUUUGGUGUCUUGUUCUUGAUCUUUUACAGAAACAUGUCUGGUUGUACGGCAAAAGAGUUUCUGAAGUCAAAUGAGAAGCAGAUUUGCAGUUGUUUCGCAAAGAAUCCUGACGUCAUCAUUGACAAAUGUGAAGACAUUUUAACAGUGAGUAAUUCAAAAGAUUUAGGGAAAAAAAGACAAGAGGAGAAAAUCUGUCAUCUUUUGUGGAUGAUAAUCCAAAAGGGAGAGGAUUAUUGUCAGAUAUUGAAGAACAUUCUGGAGAAAAUGCAAAAGGAGUAUUCAGAUUUACAGAAGAUAUUCCAAAACAGCAGUCAAGUCUCAUUUAAGACAACGUAUGCAGAUGGGAGCAGCAUGAUUUAUGACAAAAGUCUCAUAAACAUAAAAGGGAAGGAUUUAAACAUGCACAUUACACUGCCCUGCAAUUCUGCAGGCUGUAGCACUCUAUCAGGUCAACCACCUCCACGUGCAGAUGCAGUGGCUGUUAACAACAGCAUCAUACAUGCAGGA